AAGAGGUGCAAAUCAAUCUUCAUUGUCGUAGUUUACAAUUUGCGGAAAAUGGGGUGUGGUGAAUCAAAACACGCUGUCAUCGAAAACACCAUUAGCCGAAAAAACUCAAAGGCGGGAUCCAAGCGAGGGAAAAGCUCCCAAGUCAUUGAAGAAACGAGGAAAGUUGAUAGCGAAGUGAGCUCAUCGGUGCAACAGGAAGGCAAAAACGACGGUUUGGACAUCGUUGGAGUCGCUGCUGGAACCACCUCUAUCAGUCGGAGGAAUUCGAGAGCAAGGUCCAAGAAGGGGAAAAGCUCGGAAACCAUUGAAGAAACGAAGAAAGUUGAUGGCGAAACAAGCUCAAUGGCGAAACAGAAGGAAGUCAAAAAUGACAAUCGGGACACCGACGGGAAUAAUUCCGGCACUGUGGUUGAUGGGAAGAAGGUAGCUGAAAGCAUCGAAUUGAAGAAAGGAGAUAAAACGAUGGCCGAAGAGACAAAGGAAAAAAUUAUGGAGGAAAUUAAGCUUGUCGAAGAAACAAAAGAUGGAGAAGCUAAAACUAUGAAGAAAGAGAACUUGGUAGAAAGGUCAAAAACAAUAACUUCUACAACUACUACUGAAGCUAAAGUUUCAACCUUAGUUGAAAAACAGGAAGAAAAACCUGCAGGAGUGGAGGAUUUGAAGAAAAAGUGA